AUGCCAUGGCAAGAAUACGUGAUCAGUGACCCCGCAAAUACAGUAUUUGGAUUUGUUUUCUUUGUCCCGAAUGCCAUCGGAAGCGAAUGGCCACUAUUCAAAGAGCAGAUCGAAACCGCUACUCGCCAUGGCUUGAACUGUUAUCUCCCACCAACUAGAAAAGAAGAUCUCCCCAAAUUCACCCUUCAUUGGAUAGAGGACGAUGCCGCAGAUACGGAGAGCACUUUCGUCUCUAAAAGAGGGAACGGAUAA